AUGUCAAUAUCUAUCUAUCUAUCUAUCUAUCUAUCUAUCUAUCUAUCUAUCUAUCUAUCUAUCUAUCUAUCUCAGUCAAUUCCUAUCUAUCUAUCUAUCUAUCUAUCUAUAUAUAUAUAUAUAUAUAUAUCAGUCAAUUCCUACCUAUCUAUCUAUCUAUCUAUCUAUCUAUCUAUCUAUCUAUCUAUCUAUCUAUCUCAAUCAAUUCCUAUCUAUCUAUCUAUAUAUCUAUCUAUCUAUAUAUCUAAAUCAAUUCCUAGCUAUCUAUCCCAUCAAUUCCUAUUCAUUCAUCUAUCUAUCUAUCUUCAUCUAUCUAUCUAUCUAUCUAUCUAUCUAUCUAAAUCAAUUCCUAGCCAUCUAUCCCAGUCAAUUCCCAUUCAUCUAUCUAUCUAUCUAUCUAUUCAUCUAUCUAUCUAUCUAUCUAUCUAUCUAUCUAAAUCAAUUCCUAGUUAUCUAUCCCAGUCAAUUCCAUUCUAUCUAUCUAUCUAUCUAUCUAUCUAUCUAUCUAUAUAUAUAUAUAUAUAUAUAUAUAUAUAUAUAUAUCUCACUCAAUCUAUCUAUCUAUCUAUAUAUAUAUAUAUAUAUAUAUCUCAGUCAAUUCCUAUCUAUCUAUCUAUCUAUCUAUCUAUCUAUCUAUCUAUCUAUCUAAAUCAAUUCCUAGCUAUCUAUCCCAGUCAAUUCCUAUCUAUCUAUCUAUCUAUCUAUCUAUCUAUCUAUCUAUCUAUCUAUCUAAAUAGAAACACUGAAAAAAAUGGCCCGCUUCUUAUGCUACUCUAG